AUGAAUUCCCCAGGCGAUGAUGUGAGCGCUGGCAUCAUUCCCCGUGCUUUGGAGAACAUUUUCACCAUCUGCAAGGACACGGUGUAUUACUCGCCCAAGUUAAAGCUGAUCAAUGGCUGCAUUGUCUUUCUGCAGGACGACGCCUCCCUCAAGGAGUUGCAAAUCCGCAAGAAGCUGCUGGAUCUGUGUCCUGACAUGGGCGCUUCUUAUCAGCGCCUAAGUCAGAUGAUCAACGAAGAUCACACGUUCGAAACGAAGGCAAACAGCGACGAGUCUGUCCUGAUUUGGGUGUCAUUUGUGGAAAUCUACAAUGAACUGGUGCACGACCUUUUGGCCAUUCCACCGAAGCAGACAAAGAUGGCCGAGGGGCCGCGAACGAACCUGAAGAUCGUGUACAAUAAGGGUCAUGUGUUUGUCAAGGGGCUGACCAGUGUCUUCGUUAAAAGCAGCGAGGAAGCCUUGAAAUUGCUGCGAUUGGGUCAGCAGCGUUCCACAUACGCCGUCUUUACCGUAGACUUACUAAAGUAUAACCGAUCGGGCAUCACCACACAGAGCUCGUACAAGUUGUGCGACCUGGCGGGCUCCGAGCGGGUGAACAAAACUGGCACCACUGGCUUGCGGCUCAAGGAGGCCAAGAACAUUAACACUUCACUGAUGGUCCUGGGCCGUUGCCUGAAUGCGGCCAGCACAGCCCAGAAAAAGAAGAACGCUGAUGUCAUACCGUAUCGGGACUCCAAGCUAACGAUGCUGCUGCAGGCGGCGCUGGCGGGCAAGGAGAAGAUGGCCAUGAUCGUCACGGUCACUCCCGUGGACAAAUACUACGAGGAGAAUCUGAAUGCUCUAAACUUUGCCUCUAUUGCAAAGAAUAUUGUGUUCAAGGAGCCUGUGAUCAAGCAGCAUCGAAUUAGCUAUGCUGGCUUCAUUGAGUUUUCGAAAAUGGCAGCUGAUGAGGGAGGUAAUGAGUAUGCCAAGGAGCUGGAGGAUGAGAUUGUUUACCUGCGACUGGAGGUUGAGCGGCUUAAGCACGAUCAUGAGCUGCAAAUGCAGUUGCUGGAAGAGAAGCUGCGCAAGGAACUGACCGAAAUUUACCAGGAGAUAAUCCAAAACAACAAGAAACAGCACGAGGAUGAGUGCGAGAAGAAGCUGCUGAUUGCAGGAAGGGAAGCAGACUUUAAGCUCUCUGCUCAAAAGCGUCGCUAUGAGGAGCAAAUCGAAGACCUCAAGGAUGAGAUUGAAGAACUAAAAAAUUCCAAUAGUGGCAGGGAGCAGGGCCGGAUUUACACUAAGUGCUCUCGGUGCUUAGGCACAGGGUGGCAAAUUUUUGGGGGCGGCAAAAUUUAA